CCGCCGCCACCGCCGCCGGUCGCGGAGGGAAGCUGCGAGCGAGCGCCGAGGCCGCCACCGCCGCCCUGUCGCCCGCUCCCCUGCGCGCCGCCGCCCUCUUUCCCGCCCGCUGGCCGGCGCGGCCGUCCCCGCAGAGAGGAAGGGAGAGGGAGAGAGAGAAACAUCAGUGAAGAGAGAAUCAUUGAUUGGCUGCCUCCUGCACCCUGCUACCGGGAAUCAAGCCUGCAACCCCGGCAUGUGCCCUGACCGGUAAUUGAGCCAUGACCUAGUGGUUCAUAGGUCGAGCUCAACUGCUGAGCCACAUUGGCUGGACAGAGACUUCACAUCAUUUUUGUUGAUUCCUUCCAUACAGAGGUGGUGUAUGAGAUUGUUCACUUAGAAAGUGAAUGUGUGGGGUAACAUGUCCAGUGUGUCCGAGGAGAGAAGAAAAAGGCAGCAGAGCAUUAAGGAAGGACUACAGUUUAUACAGUCACCACUGUCAUACCCCGGAACACAGGAACAAUAUGCGGUAUAUUUACGUGCUCUUGUGAGAAAUCUUUUUAAUGAAGGAAAUGAUGUUUAUCGGGAAGGUGAUUGGAAUGGCUCGAUGAGCCAAUACACGGAAGCUUUGAAUAUAGCUGAUUAUGCAAAGUCUGAAGAAAUUUUAAUACCUAAAGAAAUCAUUGAAAAACUACAUAUAAAUCGGAUUGCUUGUUAUUCUAAUAUGGGUUUCCUUGAUAAAAUUAUAGAAGACUGUGAUAAAGUCCUCAGUUUAAAUGCCAGUAACUGCAAAGCUCUGUAUCGGAAAUCUAAGGCUCUAAGUAAUUUGGGAAGAUACAGAGAGGCUUAUGACGCAGUAGCCAAGUGCUCCUUAGCGGUGCCUCAGGAUGAACAUGUAAUAAAACUAACUCAAGAACUAGCUCAGAAAUUGGGAUUUAAAAUAAGAAAAGCAUAUGUUAGAACCGAGCAGUCAUUAAAAUCAGUUCCUGGGGACAGGGCUACCAAGGCUUUGAACUGUUCUGUUGAAGAUAUCGAGCCAGAUUUAUUAACGCCAAGGCAAGAAGCACCUCCUAUUGUUUCUGUCCCGGCAUCCGGUUUCUCUCACCACGUUGGAAGUGAGCUGGCCUCAGUUUCAGUUAUGUCCUUAACUUCUGUUUUGCCACUGCAAGUGGAAGAGAGCUCUCUGCCAUCAACAGUUUUGGCAAAUGGAGGAAAGAUCCCCUUCACAAUGCCGGAAGCUUAUGUAGAUGAUGGAGAUAUGGUCCUUGGAGAGGAAAUAGAUGACCUCCUUGAUUCCGCCCCUGAAACUAAUGACACUGUUAUGCCAUCAGCUUUAGUCAGAGGACCCCUCCCGACAGCCAGUGUCACCCCUAGCAUACCCUUUUCAGCGUCUCUGUUGAGCACCUUGCCCAUUGGUGCGAGGUAUGCCCCUCCACCUUCCUUCUCAGAGUUGUAUCCACCUUUGACCUCAUCCUUAGAAGAUUUCUGUUCUUCUUUAAAUUCAUUUUCAAUGAGUGAAUCCAAACGAGAUCUGCCCACCUCAACUUCUAGAGAGGGAACAUCGCUUAACAACAGUAAUUCUUCCCUUUUACUUAUGAAUGGACCAGGAAGUUUGUUUGCUUCUGAGAGUUUCCUGGGAAUUUCAAGUCACCCUAGAAAUGACUUUGGAAACUUUUUUGGAAGUACAAUUACAAAACCACCUUCAUCAGUGACCCCAAGACAUCCCCUAGAAGGAACCCAUGAACUGAGACAAGCUUGUCAGAUCUGUUUUGUAAAAUCAGGCCCUAAGUUAAUGGAUUUCACUUACCUUGCUGAUACAGACCAUAAAUGUAAGAAAGAUAUUUUAAUUGGUAGGAUAAAGAAUGUUGAAGAUAAAUUAUGGAAAAAAAUACGCCCCAGACCAACAAAAACAAAUUAUGAAGGACCUUAUUAUAUAUGUAAAGAUGUUGCUGCGGAGGAGGAAUGUAGAUAUUCAGGCCACUGCACAUUUGCUUAUUGCCAAGAAGAGAUAGAUGUGUGGACGCUGGAGCGGAAAGGGGCAUUCAGUAGAGAGGCUUUCUUUGGUGGCAACGGAAAGGUCCACCUUACUGUAUUCAAACUUCUGCAAGAGCAUCUAGGCGAAUUUAUAUUCCUUUGUGAGAAAUGUUUUGAUCAUAAGCCUAGAAUGAUCAGUAAAAGAAAUAAAGAUAAUUCUACUUCUUGUUCUCACCCGGUUACAAAGCAUGAGUUUCAAGACAAUAAGUGCCUUGUCCACAUUUUGCGAGAGACAACAGUAAAAUAUUCUAAAAUACGUUCUUUUCAUGGUCAGUGUCAGCUUGAUUUAUGUCGACAUGAGGUUCGAUAUGGCUGUUUAAGGGAAGAUGAGUGCUUUUAUGCUCACAGUCUUGUAGAAUUGAAAGUCUGGAUAUUGCAGAGUGAAACAGGUAUCUCACAUGAUGCUAUUGUUCAAGAAUCUAAAAGAUAUUGGCAAAAUUUGGAAGCAAAUAUGCCUGGAGCACAGGUACCUGGCAAUCAAAUAAUGCCUGGAUUUCUUAAUAUGAAGAUAAAAUUUGUGUGUGCUCAGUGUCUGAGAAAUGGUCAAGUCACUGAACCAGAUAAAAACAGAAAAUAUUGUAGUGCAAAAGCAAGGCAUUCGUGGACCAAAGAUCGUCGUGCGAUGAGAGUGAUGUCUGUUGAACGUAAGAAGUGGAUGAACAUCCGUCCUCUCCCCACAAAGAAACAAAUGCCUUUACAGUUUGAUCUGUGCAAUCAUAUUGCUUCUGGGAAAAAGUGUCAAUAUGUUGGAAACUGCUCUUUUGCUCAUAGUCCUGAGGAACGAGAAGUGUGGACUUAUAUGAAGGAAAAUGGGAUACAAGAUAUGGAGCAGUUUUAUGAACUCUGGCUAAAGAGUCAAAAAAAUGAAAAAAGUGAUGAUGUAGCCAGUCAGUCCAACAAGGAAAAUGGAAAACAAAUUCACAUGCCGACAGAUUAUGCUGAAGUUACUGUGGACUUCCACUGCUGGAUGUGUGGGAAGAACUGCAACAGUGAGAAGCAGUGGCAAGGCCACAUCUCCUCGGAGAAGCACAAAGAGAAGGUUUUCCACACCGAAGACGACCAGUACUGCUGGCAGCAUCGCUUUCCAACAGGAUAUUUUAGUAUUUGUGAUAGGUAUAUGAAUGGUACCUGCACAGAAGGGAGCAGCUGUAAAUUUGCACAUGGAAAUGCUGAACUUCACGAAUGGGAAGAAAGAAGAGAUGCCCUAAAGAUGAAGCUCAACAAAGCAAGGAAAGAUCACUUAAUUGCCCCAAAUGAUAAUGACUUUGGAAAAUAUAGUUUUUUGUUUAAAGAUUUAAACUAAUAUGCUGGCUUUUAUGUACGUUACCUAAUCAGAGCAUUGACCAGAAAAAUUGAAAGUGUUCUAAGGAACGUAGCAGAGGAGCUGCAGAUUUUCUGCUUGUAUUGGCGUCUAUCCUCCCUCCUGAGCAGCAACCACAGUAGGUAGGAAAAGGGCUGUUUAACAGGUUUGGCCAUGCUCUCACAGCACCAUUGGCAUCAAAUGGCGAAGCGACUGCUUCCCGGUUGCCAUCUGUUGAACAGAUUUUUGGAUGAAGUGUGUUGGGGAAGAGGAUAAGGUUAUGUCUAGGACAAUUCCUUGAGAUGGUCCUUCAGAUAAGAACCAUGAUGGUGAGAGAUUAAAUACUUGUACUAGAAUCAGAACACAUGAUGGAUGAAAUUCUUUACACAUUUUAAGCAGAAUGAAUUUCUUUAAUAAAGUUUGCUACUUAUCUGUAUGUAGGUUGCUAAAAAGGAUUUUCUUAACUCAGAUUUUAAGCCAAAUAACCAUUUAACACUAGUAUACGUUAAAUGGGGUAUUUUUCUCUAUUUGAAUGUUUCACUAUAUAAGGGAACCGAGGAUAAAAAUGUGCAUUGAGAAUAUUUUGAAAAAUAAUCAGCUGACUUAAAUUUUAUUUCUUGGUCUUUUGCUGUUUAAAUGAUGAUUUUGAAAGAUUAAACAUGUACUGUUGGUAUUGUGUAGUGUAUGGACCAAUAUUGCCUGUAAUAAAGAUUUUAUAUGUAGAUGUC